AGAUAACGGCGACACGUCGGGCUCGGAGAGCGUCGCUGCGUCGCGGUGCCGCCCGCUCCUCCGCCGCGCGCUGCCGCCGCGGCGGGAGCCGUUGACGGCGCGCGCAUCGCAUCUUCCUCCGGCCGAGGACCAAAAAACUGACCGUCCCCGGGCUCGCUGGCAGGAGGGGGGGGGGGGAGAGAGGAUAAGCGCCGCGCACCGAGAGAGGGGCGAUGGAAACGGGGGAACAGGUGACCGAAUCGCAGCGCUGAGAAAUCGUCGAGGGGGUUUUCCUGCCCGGGAGUCCGACCCUGAAGGGCCCGGCGUGAGGCGGAGCGCCCUCCCCAGGAGAAGAGAGCCUCGCUCGGCCUGUAAUUGAUCCGACCCUCCUGCCGCUCACCUCCACUGAUUACAGAACCGCUCCCUCAUCCCGGCGGUGGGGGUGGGGGGGAGUGGGAACCUCCAUCCCCUCAGCUCCUGCCGAUCAAUCAAAAACCUCCCUGACUCUGGCCUCCCCCGUCGGCCCCCCCUGAGUCCCCCUGCCCCACCCCCUCCCCGGGGCGCCGCGGCCAUGGCCGUGCCUUCAGCCCACGAGUUCCACUGGCAGAGCCUGGCGCGACUGCCCAGCGGCCGCGUCUACCACACUCUGUCCGAGGUGGGGGGGCAGAUGUACGUGCUGGGGGGCUGCGACGCUGCCGGGAGGCCCUGCCCGUCCCUGGAUCUCUACUCGCCCGAGGGCGACCGCUGGAUGAGCCUGCCCCCCAUGCCCACCCCGCGCGCCGGGGCGGCCGUGGUCGUGCUGGGAAAGCAGAUCCUUGUGGUGGGCGGGGUGGGGGAGGACCAGAGCCCCCUGAAGGUGGUGGAGAUGUACAACACGGAGGAAGGCAGGUGGAGGAAGAGAAGCGCCCUGCGGGAGGCCCUGAUGGGCCUGUCCAUCACCCUGCGAGAUGGCCGGGCGCUGGCUGUGGGGGGAAUGGGUGCCGACCUGCUCCCUCGUAGCAUCCUGCAGCAGUACGACCUUCGAAAGGACGUGUGGGCACUGCUUCCUCCCAUGCCGACCCCUCGCUACGACGCCAACACGCAUCUGCUGGGCAACAAGCUCUACGUAGCAGGCGGGCGUCAGUGUAAGCGACCCGUGGAGGCCUUCGAGGUGUAUGAUGCAGAGACGCGCUCUUGGACCACACUACCCAGCAUGCCUUGUAAACGGGCGUACGGGGGCGUGAAAUGGGACGCGGCCGGGAGGCUGUGUCUGCCCGGAGGACUGCGGCAGGGAGGAGGAUACCAGAGCUCCAAGUUCACCAAGAACGUGAACAUUUUUGACACCAACCAAGGCGCCUGGUUGAAGUCGGACGAGACGGUGACGAUGAAAACAAAGAGGGCUGACUUCGCCGCCGCUUUCCUGCGCGGCCGGGUGGUUGUAGCCGGAGGACUCGGUCACGAGCCUCUGGCGCUGGACACGGUGGAGGCCUUCCACCCGCAGAAGAAGAAAUGGGAGAGGCUGGCCCCAAUGAACUUCCCCCGAUGCUCCACCUCCUCCAUCGUCAUCAGAGACCGCCUCCUGGUGGUGGGAGGGGUCAACCAGGUUCCCAGCUCGGCCCACGAGAUCCUGUACGUAAAAGAAGAGGAGUACCUGUAAUUGAAAGCAGGGAUUCCGCUGUACGAGCCUCUCACGCGGCGGCACUGAAGAGGAACAGAGAUGAAGUCAGAGCGAAAGCCCUUCAGGUGUACAGUAACAGACUGCAGCGCCCCCUGCUGGGGCUGUACGGACACUGAGCCCACCUCCAUAAUAUGAAAGCACACACACACUGGAGGAGCUGGCUCUUUCUUUUUACCGUCGUCGUAUGUUGGAGCACAUCUGUUACGUUGCCGUGCCAACAGGGAGAAGAUUAGCUCGUGCGUCCGGCGAUGUGGACGCAUGGACCAGCUGUUUUAUGGCACAUAUGCAUUUUAAUGUUUGAUAGAUUCAAGGUUUCCUUUCACUCCGAGGACGGUUUCAGAUGUACUGUAAGAACACUUGCACUAAAGCGACAUUAACACUGAGUUACCACCACUCCUCUCUCGUGCAUUGUGGGGGAUUGCACUGGGAAGCAUGUAACAGUGUUGUAACGGUGCACAUCUGUUUCUGUGCCGUAACAGUGCACACCUGUGGGUACGAUAGCCUCAAUGUGAUGCAUUUCAUGUAUUAAAGGGCAAUAUGCUGCUUGUUGAAAGCUGCUGUUGUAGGCAAAGAAACAGAUCGGGUACGACUCCGACUGAUUGUAGAACACGUAGAAUUCCUGCAGCAAUACCGUUGUUUCUUCAGUGUUCCUUUAGUACCGUGCUGUGGCGACCAUCAGUUACUCAGGUAGUGACGUUACACACUCGAUGCAGAGACGAUCUGCCGGCUGGUGUGAGGUCGUCGCCGUGCAAGAUGUACGAAAUGUGUGAACUGUUCCAUUGUGUUUCAUCCCUCAGCAUGAUGCAUUUCUGAUUUCCGUGUUAUUGGAGAUAGCCGUAGUCUUAUACAGUGGAAUAAAUGGGCUCUGUGGUUUGUAUUGCACUUGUCCUCCACUAGAUGGCGGUAUUUACUCACGUGAGAUCUGCAGAGUAAAACUGAUAUUAAUACA